AUGAAAUUCCUCGCCACUGUCCUCUUUGCCGCUAUUGCUAUGGCUUCCCCCCAGUCUGAUGGGGGUGGGGCGGGCAACAGCGAUAUCAAGUUCCCCGUGGACCCGGAAUUGACCAUACAACAGGCCGAAGCCAAGUGUGGAAAUGAUGCCCAAGUCUUCUGCUGUAACAAGGCUAUGUAUACCCAUGAUAUCACCACUAGCGACACCGAUCCCCUCCCGGGUGUUGUGCAGACUGCUCUUGGCGGUGGCCCCGGGGGUGACGGUCUAGGUCUCUUCGGCCAGUGUAAAGAUAUGACUGCCCGGGUCCCCGUCCUAAAUGUCGUUGGUGGUGGUGUUGACCGGAAGGCGGCCGAGUCUUGCAAGCGCAAUAUUGCCUGCUGUCCAAGCUCCAGCGCCGAGUCGAACGGCAACUUAGUUGGCGCCGAUAAGCCUUGCGUUGCUGUUGGCUCUUUGCUGUAA